ACUAACGUCAGUAACAACGCAAACGCAGAAGUGAGCAGACGGUCGCCGAAGGCUAAAACGCUACUAGUUUUUCUACACAUACACUCAUUUGUUUGCUUGUAUUGUAGCACAUACGAGUAACAGCAAGCCCACAGAAGCAACAAUCAAGUGAGUAUCGCCGAACGAUCUACUGCUCCAGUUAGUACUGCUGGCACUGCAGCAUAUCACAUCUGCGAAGUUUUGCUACAAGUUGCUCACCCAUUAGCUAACCCAAAGCGUUAACCAGUUACAAGUGGUUUCCAAACAAAACGAGAAAAAGAUAUACGCGAAGGGAAAAGUGCCGCCAAAAUCACUCAGAAACCUAGGAACGACAAUAGCAGUUAUCGCCCAAGAGUUUUUUUGCGUGUUUGUGUUAGUGUACUGUGUGUCGCAAGUUUUUCUGUGCGACCUGCAUAAGCGGCUAUAUAUUGUAAGCACAGGCCUAUUUCUGCAAGCAUCAUCAUUAUUGGCACCAUAGAUUAGGUCUGUUUGUGCAUGUGUGUAUGUGUAUUACACCGUCCAGCGAGCGUUUGUGCCAAGUGAGCGUCAAUUCGUACGAACGAAUAUGCCUCAAAGUAAUGCAACCACAUUUGGUCUGGGGGCGUUCGUUCCCGCGGCCGAUCUUGUGCCUGAGCUGAAGGUUGGUGAUAUAGUCGAAAUUGAUCGCACGCUGUACGCCCACUGGGCUGUGCAUGUCGGCGAUGGCCGGGUCGUGCACGUGGCUGGCCCAUCCGAGGAGGACAUUCCUAGUGAGCCAUGGGCUCUCGUGCAUCUCUGCCCACUUGCUGAGUUGGCUGGAUGCUCGAGGGUUCGCGUUAACAACAAAUCGGUAAGGGCCAAGGAGAGAAAGGUUCGCUCGCUAGAUGGCACACAGGUUGCGGCCCGUGCACUAGCACAGCGAGGUCAUAAGCUCGACUUCAACUUUUUAACGCGUAACGCUGAAUUUUAUGCCACACAAUGGAAAUACGGCCAAGGAUGGAGUGAUCAGGGGGCUGUCGCUUUGAGCGUGAUGAAGCCGCUCGGAGCUGAUCUUGAAGUUGGCCACAAUACUCUACUGACCGGCCUUCAGGCUGUAUUCGGCAGUCCAAUUCUGUCCUACAUGAGGCAUAACCUCCCACCAAGAUCGCCGCGCACACCUCAGAAAAGGCCUCCUCAGGCGAACUCCCUCACUGCCGCCUGACAUCAAGGCCCACAACAGGGCCCGGACGAUUCUAAAGAUUUACUGCGGGAACAAGCUCAUCGGACGGAACGAACUCUCGUUGCAGUCGCUGAUGGCGCUGCUGUUACAGCUGGAAUCGUGCCUUCGGUUUUGCGGUCACGGGGGCGAGUCCAUCAACAGCCGCAGCGGACAACCUCAAUGAACUCUUCCCAGUCGUCUUCGUCUUCACAAGACAGCGAAAAUGAUUUCCUCGAUAAUGUUGAGCUUGCCGACGACCAGUUCUGCUCGGCACCUUGAAGGCGCUAAACGGGCAUAACUCACGAAACAACUCACUUUCACUCACGCUAAUAAUGUAACAGAUGAUCAAUAAAGGAUCUGCUCAAUAUCUGAUUCUACAGAAUAUAAGGCAGGAUACUGGCAAGCAGAAGAGUAAGGCAUAAAGGAUCAAAAGAUCAAUUGGCUCGCUGCUAAUUCAGGUGUCUUACGCUAGAUGUAAGAGUGGCCGAGAUUAGCAACUGACAAACAACUACAAUAUUUAUUUGUACCGUAACAAUGGAACGGAAUGAAGGAAAAGUCAUUAUAGAUUUUGGACGAUCACUCAAAUAACUAUAACCAAGGAUAAUAAUGAUAAUGAUCCUGGUACUCAUAAUAAUGACUGUAACAAUAUUAUAGUUAUAAUCAUUUUUCGUGAUGACUGAUAAAGGUCCGGAGGUAGUUGCGCCAAUUCUACUGAUUAGUAUUGGCUAGACUAUAAAUAGUUUGUUUAGUAAAGUGAUAAAGGUGACACUGAUACGGAUCGUCAUAAGAUAUAUGGAAAACGGACAGUUAUCGAAUGGAUAUCUAUGUUUGGAUCGAGCACAUCAUGGGCAUAUAUGUUAUGUAUAACAGAUUAGAGGUAGAAAGAAUCAACGCUUUUGUAUAGACAAGAUGAACAACCGUCCUGGUACAUGACGAUAUUUAAUUUUAGUGUACGUGACAAUAAUAAUGAUCCUAAAUAAUUAGUGGAUUGGUCGCAGUUGACGACUACGUGUGCCUGUAUUUAUAUAUACAUACAAUGUCCUAGGUAAAUCCUGCCGUUCCACUUACUAUAGUAGCCUAUCCGUAAAAAAUCAACUAGGAAAAUUAAAUUGGGAAACCUAUUUUUCGCCAAGGAACCUACAGGUGAAGAACAGCAAUACGGUGAUAAGGGGCGCACGAGAGAAGCUUAAAACUGCUAUAGAAGAAGUAGCUAUUUUUGUGUGCGUUGUCAGCAGAUACGAAUGAAGUUGUGUCAGUGCUUCGACAGAAUACCAUUAAUGAACCAGUUUGCUGUAUAACGAUUGUAGGCCUUUCAUCUGGCAAUUAGUUCUUGGAAGAACUUCAUGAGACUAAUUGUGCCUACUUCCAGGCACCAACUCGUAUGGAGUAUGUUGCUUACGAAGACUACUUCGAAUUAAAUUGUGCAAGUCUCCAAAAAACAUUUGACCGUAGAUGUAGCGAAUGUAUAUAUAUUAUCUCUUAUUUAUCAUAUGCUUGUUAUUACAUGUGAAUACACAAAAAUUAGAAAAAUCUAUCCUGUUAUACUGUUUCUCAAUUGGAAAAAAAAUAUUGGUUUUUGUUCUUCUAUAAAAUCUAUGGUUAGACAGUACUCGCUGCACACCCGGUCCCGUCUCAACAAUUUAUAGCGCGAUUUUUUACUUUGACGGCAGGGCAGAGGUGUCAAUUCCACUGCAGGAAGGUUUUUUCGAAAUACUAAGCAACUACAGGAAAAAUUUCGCUCUAUAACCUACUUGAGCUACGACUAUACAGAGACGUGUCGAUAUAGAUAAUCUGAUGAUAUGCAACACACACACACAGAUACACACAUAUAUAUUUUAUGACCGACAACAAAAUUAUAUAUACUUCUAUGUGACAUCGCGAAAAGCGGAAGGGUUGGAUGUUCAUGACAGGACGUCUGCAGAAUGAAAUUCUAGGCGUACGUAUAUAUACGAAGAACGUGAAAUGGCAGUUAGAGAAUAAUUACGUUCAAUGACUGGUGGUCGACUGAUCGAUAAAUUAAUGAGCUGAAGUAAGGAGUGCGGUUGAGCGAUUGUUGAUGGAUUAACUGUGAUGCCGUUGGAGGCUGAUAAUAGCAAAGUGGCUAAACGAGUGUGAUUUUUAUUCGUAUUGCAAUAUAUUUUGCUAUUUAUCUACGCUUGUUGUUCGGAAUUGGACAAGGACGGUUGUACAAUGGAAAGAACGCGUUUUCUAGACUGAAUGGGGCAUUCGUUUGCUAAUCCUAGGGAAGCAUUGCGGUGUAGUUUCGAAUCCGGGCAUAGCAGACUUCGUUUCGUGCUGGGAGUCACCCGUCUGAUGGAAUGUCCAACGGCGACACCGGACGUAAAACUCGAAAUAGACACAGAGACAGAAUAGAAAAGGGGCGCGAUUGAUGUGCAGAACUUCCAGUAUAGAAAAACCAUAAGCAUGGGAUAUACGAUCACGUUAAGCAAGAGAAAAUUCGACUGAUGGUGCUGCUUAGAAAACAGGGGACGGCAUUUGAGCACAAUUUAUUAUCUUAGCCGAAAAGCUAAGGAUAGAUAGUGCUUAAAUUAGUAUAUAAUGUUUCAAUCUGAGAUUUAGAUAAACAAGUUGCGCGUAGAAAAAGGUAAACAGUUUUAAAAGCAGGACUUAACAGGCGAAGUAUAUAUAGCAACCAGAGCUGUUGUGAAACGAUAAUCCGCUGAUCUGAGCUUAUUAGUUUAGUGAAAAGGGACGUUAGAGCUUAAUAGCGAUAUUAUAUUAUAGGUCACAUGAAAGUGCACGUAAAAAACUCAAAACGCGAACAGGAAGGAAAGUCGUGAUGGGUGGCAAAGAAAUAUUGGCAGAUAAAACAGAGGAAAAGUGAGUGUCAGCCUGUGUGUAUAUACAUAGCCGGACGUUUCGAUAUGCUAUUAUUAUAAUUAUAUUUUGACAUGAUGCUACCAUGUAUAUAAUUCAAUGUAUAUAAACAGUAAGUAAUUUAUUUAGUCGCAAAAACGAUAAAAAGCCCCAAUGGAAAAAGACGAAAAAAGUGAAGUUCGGAGGAGAUCACGUCAACAAGCGAAUGCGGAACGUAAAUGUAUUGUAUAUAAGGUGGUGAAGUUGAGCGGAAGCCUCGCUGGGGUCGGCAACGAUACAGAGAGGCAACGACAGUAUGAGGAAACCACACACACAAAAACUAUAGGGCACGAAUAAUGCGUGUUUAACAAAAACACAUAAAAAAUGUUAAUAAAUAAACACGUUUUCAU